AUGCCCAAUGUCACUAGAAUAGCAGGAUUCAUCCUUAUGGGACUCUCAGAUAUUCAUGAGCUACAGACUGUAUGUGGUGUGUUCUUCCUGGUGAUCUACCUAGCAGCCAUAAUGAGUAACUUUCUUAUCAUCACCCUCAUUACUCUGGACCUGAAACUCCAAACACCCAUGUACUUCUUCCUGAAAAAUUUGUCUCUGUUUGAUGUCUUCCUUGUAUCCAUCCCAAUCCCAAAUUUCAUUGUCAAUAGUCUAACUCACAAAAAUUACAUUACUGUUCUGGGUUGUGCCUUCCAGAUACAUUUAAUGACUUCCUUCUCAGCAGGAGAGAUUUUUGUCCUGACUACUAUGUCCUAUGACCGCUAUGUUGCCAUCUGCUGUCCCCUGCACUAUGAGGCCAUCAUGAGUUUUGGUAACUGUGUGAAGAUGGUGAGUAUUUCCUGGACUUCUGGAGUGCUCUUUGGAACUGUAUACACAACUGGCACAUUUUCCAUGCCUUUUUGUGGCUCCAAUGUGAUCCCACAGUUUUUCUGUGAUGUUCCCUCAUUGCUAAGGAUUUCCUGCUCUGAAACACUAGGAAUAAUUUACACAAGUCUUGGAAUUGGCUUGUGCCUAUGCAUGUCUUGUUUCAUCUGUGUUGUGAUCUCUUACUUUUACAUUUUCUCCACGGUACUAAAUAUUCCUACUACUAAAGGUCAGUCCAAAGCAUUUGCCACCUGUGUCCCCCACCUCACUGUUUUCACUGUUUUCAUUGCAACUGCUUGCUUUGUCUAUCUGAAGCCACCCUCAGAUGUACCAUCAAUUACAGACAGGAUGUUUUCUGUGAUCUACACUGUGUUGCCUUCCGCACUUAAUCCUGUGAUCUACAGCCUUAGGAACACUGAUGUCAAGUGUGCUCUGGGGAGGUUGCAGCAAAAUCUCUGCCAAAGGAGUCUACUUCACUUAACAUUUCAAAAUAUCUCUCAGUGGUGUAGUGCCUUACGCUUUACAACCAAGUUCUGUAAUUUUUGA